UCCCAGCAAAGUUUUCCAGCGGAGAACUAAUCGGAGCUCUAUUAUAUCAGCAAUUAUCAGCGACGUUAACUAUCUUCAGCUACAAAGAAGUGAAAGAGAGAGAGGCUUAGACCAUCCGGGAAGUAAGAUAAUUUUUUUCCCUCGUAAACUAUUCCUCACAAAGGAUAUUUUGGACAUCUUUGUGGGAGCUUCAGUCACUUUCGUUGAGUCUCUCUGAGUGAACAAGUUUGCACAAAGCGCUGCUGAACCUGCUCCUCUGGAAAACAGACUUUAUCACCCAACCGUUCUUAUCUGGAACGGAUAUAUUUGCUAUAUCCCGCGAACUGGAUAACGAAAAAUCGCCGACGACUCAAGGUGUCAUAGGAGCUGCGUGAAAAGCGUCUUUACGUGACCCAGUUUGUCCCAGGAGUCAAAGCCCAUAUUCUUCCAAAUAGGACGAGAAUACGGUGUAAAAAUGUACCAAAGCCUUGCUAUGUCAUCCAACCAGCCCCCAUACGCACACGAUGCAGGGAACUAUAUGCACCCUUCGGCGAGUUCCCCAGUCUACGUGCCCACUACGAGGGUGCCUGCUAUGCUGCAAUCCAUGCCGUACUUGCAGACAUGCGAGUCCGCCCAUCAGUCUCACGGCCUCGGCGUGCAUCACGGCUGGUCCCAGUCUGGCACAGACAGUUCGUCUUUCAUUCCGGGCAGCCCCCAUCAUCCUCCCGGGUUCUCCUACUCUCACAGCCCGCCAGUAAGCAGCAAUAACGGCAGGGACACAGCUUACCAGAACCAGCUAGUGCUUAGUAACGGUGGUCGGGUUGACCACUAUGGCAGCACUUUAGUGCGGUCAGUUGGAGGAUCAUACUCAAGUCCCUACGCGUAUAUGAGCCCGGAGAUGGCGACCUCUUGGACACCUGGGCACUUUGAGAGCGGCAUGAUCAGUCUUCAGGGACGGCAAGGUUGCCUGUCUGGGAGAAGGUCCAGUUUAGACAUGUCAGAGGAGUUCCCGGGAGAGGGGCGCGAGUGCGUAAACUGCGGCUCCAUCUCCACUCCUCUGUGGCGGCGGGACGGUACCGGGCACUACCUCUGCAAUGCCUGCGGACUGUACCACAAGAUGAACGGAAUCAACAGACCGCUGAUCAAACCCCAGAAACGCCUGCAGACCGCAUCUCGCCGGGUCGGCCUGUGCUGCACUAACUGCCACACCAGCACCACCACGCUGUGGCGUCGCAGUGCAGAGGGAGAGCCUGUCUGCAACGCCUGCGGCCUCUAUAUGAAACUACAUGGGAUACCCAGACCAAUGGCCAUGAAGAAGGAAAGCAUUCAGACAAGGAAACGGAAACCUAAGAUGCAGAAGUCCAAAACCUCAACAGGAGGGUCGUCAGCAUCAGGCACCAACUCCCCGUUCUCCCUGUCUGUCUCAGAACAUGCCUCUACUAUAAAGAGUGAACCCAACAUGGUCCCCUCCCCCCACGCCAGACAGGCCGUAGCCUCUAUGUCCCAGGCUUCGUCACAUCUGGACGGUGCAGGAUCAGGACAUGUGGACAUCAAGUAUGAGGACUGCUCCUUCACUCCUGCGUCUAUCUCCACACAGAACUCCUGGUGUACUGCUCUGUCUCAGGCAUGAGUUGACUCGACCACAGUUCACUUGGACCAGGUCCUGGGCCUGGACCCAGCUUAGCUCACUGUGGAUGAUAUAGACUUGUGAAGAGAACUACCUGUUAUUGACUCAUUCUUUUUUUUCCGUGGAUGGAGGAACGGAGAAACAGAAGGAAGCGACGGCAAUCAAGUGGAAUGUAUUUGUGGCUACUAUCAAUACUAUUUCUAGUUUUUGUUGUUGUUGUUUUUUGUUGUUGUCUAUAUUGUUGUUGUCUUUAUUGUUGUUGUCUUUAUUGAUGUUGUCAUUAUCGAUAUCUUGCUGAGUUCACCAUUGCAGUUUUACAUGGUGUUUAAAGAAAUAACCAGAAAGAGUUCAAUAAGUUAUUACAGAGUGUUAAAGGGAUACUUCGGGAUUUUUCAAUAAAGCCCUUUAUCUACUGACCCAGAGUCAGAUGAAGCCCUUUAUUUACUGACCCAGAGUCAGAUGAAUCCCUUUAUUUACUGACCCAGAGUCAGAUGAAGCCCUUUAUCUACUGACCCAGAGUCAGAUGAGGUCCUUUAUCUUCUGACCCAGAGUCAGAUGAAUCCCUUUAUUUACUGACCCAGAGUCAGAUGAAGCCCUUUAUCUACUGACCCAGAGUCAGAUGAAGCCCUUUAUCUGCUGACCCAGAGUCAGAUGAAGCCCUUUAUCUACUGACCCAGAGUCAGAUGAAGCCCUUUAUCUACUGACCCAGAGUCAGAUGAAGCCCUUUAUCUACUGAUCCAGACUCAGAUUAUUUUUUGGGAUACAAUUUGUAUGUCUCUACAUGCUAGCAGAUACCAUAGACUUCCAGUCAUUGCGCUACCUCUAACUUUCUUCAUAAUGGACAGAGAGCCAUAAAAAAUAGCAUUCAUGGGUUUUUGUUGUUGUUGUUUUUUGUUGUUGUCUUUAUUGUUGUUGUCUUUAUUAUUGUUGUCAUUAUUGAUGUUGUCAUUAUCGAUAUCUUGCUGAGUUCACCAUUACAUGAAUGCUAUUUUUUAUGGCUCUCUGUCCAUUAUGAAGAAAGUUAGAGGUAGUUUCACGAGCCAAUGCAAAUUAGCGUUAGCGCAAUGACUGGAAGUCUAUGGUAUCUGCUAGCAUGUAGAGACAUACAAAUUGUAUCCACGAGUUAAUCUGACUCUGUGGAAAUAGAUAAAGAGCUUCAUUGCCAAAAUCCAGAAGUAUCCCUUUAAACACAAAACCGGAUGGACAAAAAAAAGUGUUUUAUUACCUCUGAACGUGUUUCAUUACUGCCGUGUAGAUGGUUAACUUUCAUAGAAACAUUAUUUAUGUUGAGAUAAGAAUCAUCAUGAAACACCAAAGACAACAUGGCAAAUCCCAGAAGUCCCUUCCCUUCUCAAUGUUUUGUAUGUUCAAGGUAUGACCUCAAAACUAGGAAGUAUACAUGUGUUUUGUAUGUAAUGAAUUACAUAUGUUGUUCAUUGAACAAACGAUGCAAAUAUAUUCAUUUCUAUUUCAUCAGAUAGGGUAAAAGUGGCUAAAUACUUUUUAAAUGUUUAUUUUGUUUUAGACAUCGCAACUGCGUACUGAAUCAGUUUUCUAUAUUUCCAAAACCACUGUUCUACUAGUUCAAAUGUUUUUACAGUGUAUCGUCUGAUCAUGUAAUGUGCAAUUACUUCAUUUUACAAAAAUGUAAGACAAAGAAAAAUAUACUUUUAUGUUAAUUAUUCUGAAUAUGUUAUUCAAAUUUUAUUUGCUGUAUUUUUUUGUUUUGUUGUUGAACUAUAAAGGAGUUUUGUUUGUGUGUAUUUCAUAACGUACAAUUGUAAUGUUCAGGGACUUGAGUCUAAUUAUAUCUUUUAGCUGUUUCAACCAGGUCUGAUAGUCUCUCUGGUUUUACAAUGCUCUUUGAAAUCCGUUUAGUUUAAUAAACCGAUCAAAUUA